CGGCCACAGGUCGGUGCUCUGCUAGGAACCAUCGGAACCAUGGCCGACGGUAAGAGCGAGACUCCAACGGAGAAGGAGACGCCGAAACCGAAACCGAGAUCGAUCGUGCGUCUCGGCAUCUUCCUCAUCUCUCACAGCUUUCUCGUCAGUGUUGUUUGUUCCACUGCUGGUGUUCUGGCUCUGCUCUUCCUUCCUGUUCUCGCCAAGAACACUUACAUCUCCGAAAAUGCCCUCAUGCCAGGUUCUGCAAGUCCCAUGAUUUCUAAGCAGGAGGUUUUGGAUGGAAAUAAAUUGGUUAAGGAUCUAACCAACCUGAAUUCUAAAUAUUUGGAUGGGGGAAUAGAAAGUCGGAGAAUCAUAGCAAAGUACAUGUCAGACUUGGGUGCUGAAGUCAGUUAUCACAAAUUUCACCCUCAGUCAAAUAGGUUUCAUCCACUGCACUUUUUCUCUGAUCCUGAUUCUGGAGCUCAAGAACUUUAGUUGCUCAUCAUAUGGCAUCAACACUAUUGGGAUAAUAAGCGCUCCACGAGGUGAUGGGAAAGAAGCCAUCAUCUUGGCAACUCCUUACAAUUCAUUAAAGGGUGGUCUUCCUUUUUUUUUGGAUAAAAUGUAAAAAUGUUA